AUGCAAACCUCGACAGAUUUUAUAUCUAAAUCUAAAAGAGAAAAAUGCUGGAAAUCACGUGAUGCCUUUUGGGAAUGUGUUACUGAUGUAAUCGCGAAAAAUUCAGAACCUGAUGACAAGUUGAUAAGAAAACAAUGUACAAAACAAAGAAAACUUUACGAAGAAAUGUGUCCACGAAUAUGGGUCGACUUUUUCGAUAAGAAGAAAGAUUUUGAACUUUUCAAGGCCAAGAAAUUUGAGAAGGAGUUGUUACAUAGCACGAGUUCACCGAGUUAA